AUGGCUCGCAAGGGCGCAUCAGAGGCGGCGCCCAAAGCGAAGAAGCCGAGAAAGUCGGACGAUGUCACGCCCGUCGAAGCCAAGCCAACGCGGAAAUCUGCGCGCAAGCAAGCCGCCGACUUCAUGGACAUUGAAGAGGAAGCUGCGCCCGUCGCCGUUGCCGAGCCUGUCAAGCCGAAGAAGGGCAAGAAGAGCAAGGCCGCUGCCGACGUCGAUGCCGAGAUGGCCGAGCCCGUCGCGGAGGUAGUCGAGGUUGCUGAAGUACAAGAGAAGCCUAAGAAGCAGGCGAAGAAGGGCAAGGCCGCUGCCAAGGUCGAUACUGAGGCCGCUGAGCCUGUCGCUUCCGUUGUAGAGGUCACUGAAGUGCAAGAAAAGCCCAAGAAGGGCGGCAAGAAGGGCAAGACUGUAGUCGCAGAGGAGACCGUCGUAGCAGAGGCCCCUAAGGAGAAGGCCAAGAAGUCUAAGAAGGGAAAGGCUGCAGAGGCUGAACCCGUUGAGGACGCCGUCGCUGUAGUAGAGAAGACCACCACAGUCGCAAAGCCAAAGAAGGCAAAGGGAGGAAAGAAGCAGGAGGCGACCGAACCCGAGGUCGAGGUCACCGAGGUCACAGCGGUGGAAGACGACGCAGACGAUGUUGCCGAAGAUGACCAGACGGCGGCUCUCCUCGCUGGCUUCAGCGACUCCGACUCAGACGACGCCGAUGAGGACGUCAACUUUGACGAAGAAGCAAAGGUUCCCAAGCUCAGCGCCAAGCAGCGGAAAGCGAUCAAGCAGGCGGAGGCGGCACCCAAGUCCAACCAGCCCGGUGUCCUCUACGUUGGGUAUGUGGACCAGUCCAUUAUAUACUACAUAUUGCUAACAAUGCGUUUAGUCGUGUGCCCCGCGGUUUCUUCGAGCCCCAGAUGA